CCCGAGGAGAACAUCCUGGACGCCCGGCUGCUUGCCGCCUUCGAGGAAAGGGAGAGAGAAAUGGAGCUAUACGGGCCCAAAAAGCGAGGCCCCAAGCCCAAAACCUUCCUGCUAAAGGCCCAGGCAAAGGCAAAAGCCAAAACCUAUGAAUUCCGCAGUGACUCUUCCAGGGGGAUCCGGGUGCCGUAUCCCGGCAGGUCCCCCCAGGAGCUGGGCUCCACGUCCCGGGCUAGGGAAGGACUGCGGAACAUAGCCCUGGCUCCCCAGGGCAGCUCCAGCACCAGCACCCCCAAGGGAGACGGCAUCCGGGACCGGGUAAUCCGCGUGGAGGAGAAACCCGGGGAGACCCCCAAAAAGAGAGGCCCGAAGCCCAGGAAGGAGCUUUACAAGGACCUGGCGGAGAGUCUGGAUGCCUCCAAGAGGAAACUGGGGGACCCGGGGGACAAGGUGGGGGACUACCUGAAGGCCAGGAAGAUGGAGGAGGCGGCGGCAGGGGCGGCCAAGUUCGGCUCGGGACACAGCGUCAUCCAGCUGGCCAGGCGGCAGGACCCCGACCUGCCCGGCACCCUGCCCGGCCCCAACCGAGCCGAGGUGGGCGCCAAGCUGGGAGCUGCCGAGACCUACCCUGCGCGGCUGGCCAAGCACCGGGCGGACUUUCUGGACCCCAAGGGGCAGGGGGGGCUGGACCCCGGCGGGCCCAAGCUCCUGCACGGGGCGGUGAGCCCGGGCGCCGUGGGCAGCCUGUACCGCGCCGGCGUGGGGGGCCAGGCGGGGCGGCCCUCCCUCAUCGCCAGGACCCCCGUCGCCAGGAUCCUGGGGGACCCCGAGGAGGAGUCCUGGAGCCCCUCUCUCAACAACCUGGAGAAGGUGGUGGUAACUGAUGUGACCUCUAACUUUUUGACCGUCACCAUCAAGGAGAGCAGCACGGACCAAGGAUUCUUUAAGGAGAAGCGAUGA